AUGUCAGACCUUGGUCCUUCAAACAAUAAUGCCACCAAUUCGUCGCAAACCCAACCAUCUCUUAGGGGACCUGCAAUGCGAGGGGCAUCAUUUGAGUCCAACACUGAUGAAUUGCAACUACCCCAACAGGACCUGGCGAAGAGAUGCCUUGAUGUCGUCCGAGAUUUCAGAGCCACUAAGGGAACAAAAUUUGAAGCAUCCUAUGUCAUCUCCAGCAUCAUCAAGGAAAGCUUACCCAUCGGUUCAAGAGAAGAUCCCACUGCUAUUGUGGCUAUCUACCUUGCCAUGCUUGACCAGUGGGAAUCUGAACAGUCUCAAGCCGCUCAAAGAGCGACUGGAGCAGUUAGAGAACGGCGUUCAGUCAAACCAGCAUCAGGCUCCCACAUUGAAGAAGAACCUCCUACAGAGGAUGUCAGGACUCAACAAGCCAGCAUUGAGCCAGAACCAUCUAGACCCCUAUCCGCUAAUCUCAAACACACCAUCCGCAUCAUACAGAACUGGGCGCAAGACCAGAAACAAGCAAAGCUCAAACUCAUGUACCAUGAGCGGAGUCCAGAUUUUUAUGAAUACGGAUGGGCAGACAUCAUUGCAGGACGAAGUCUCAACCUUGAUGCUAUCCACACCAUCAUCACCACUUCAUGCGCCAUUGAUAAGCAUACCGAGGCCAUCGGAGAUGUUGAGUUCACCUAUGGAGUCUCAGAAAUGGCCCUGAAGAAUAUUGCCACGCAGGGACAAUGGAAUGCGGUGUGGAAUAGAGCAGCACAGGCCCUCAAGUUCCCUUUCCCUUUCCGACAGGCUGAACUUGACACCUACUCAGAACAUAUCAAUGAGCAAUUUGACCAACAGUCAGAACUUUCUCAUGGACAAGUCCUCUGGUACAACAAAGCAGUCAGAUUCAGGGUCGGAAAUUCUUGCAAGUAUGAAUUGUCCAACUUCAAAUGUUUCAAAGACAUCUACAGUGCACAUUUCUCCGCUGGAGGAAGGAUGCACAAUGACACCGGAGAGUCUAGCAAGUCCUCUGGGGGAUGGGAAUCUACUGUUAAGCGUGAACCAUGCCACAAGUGGAAUACUGGAGAAUGCACAUGCAGCACAGCCACCUGCCGCUUUGCCCAUGUCUGCAACAUUGAGCAAGACGGCCAGGUUUGUGCCCGCCAUCAUGUUAAAGCGAAGCAUAAUGAGGACACAAAGUCCAAAUCUACCUGA